CCGAGAAGCGUGGCUCGAAUAGAAUCGCCGGGCAGCGUCAAAAUCGCGUCCACACCACCGCUCUCGGCCUUCAGCUCAGUGAUCAGCCCCCCCCCCGAACCCCCCAACCGCGUGCGCCCUCACGGCCCCCCCCCCUCCGCAAACCACAGCGACAGGGCGAACCGCAACCCCGAGUGCGGUUCUGGUGUCGAGGAGGGACACUCUCGGUGUGGCAGCUCGCGAGCAAGCGAGAGUGAGAUCAUUAUUAAUGUUACGCGCGCACGUAGGGCGCAAAUUGAGUUACCCUACUUGUCGUCGUUCUUGUUAUUAGUGUUUGCGCAGAGUAUUUUUUUUUUGUAUUACGAAGACCGCGCACCGCGUAGCAAGCAGGAUAUUUUCUUGGUAUUCGAAGAGUUCUCUUGAACACGCGUUUGUCGCUAACGACUGCGAAGAAGGCAGCGACUCAACUUGUCAACAGUUGCGGCACAGCCAGCUUAUAAAAACGUGGACUAUACUGCUGCUGCUGCUGCCGCUGCUGCUGCUGCUACUACUGCUACCAUUCGUAUUUGCUCUAAGUUUGUUUACUUUGAACAUUUCUAUUUCAUCCAAGUCGCAAGCGCCAAAGCUUUCGCCGUCACCGCCAUGCAUCAUCACAUUCAUUAAUUCACUCGUUCUCAUUCCUUCAUUGACUCAUUCAUUUCUUCGAUGACGCCAUAGUGAACAUUGAAUUGGGCUUCACCCGGAACGUCUCAUCAUUCACACGCCUGUACACUGUAGCAUCACGACAGUAUACAACAUAUACUGUAAGUAGUAUAGUGUAAUAUACUGUAAUUACGCAUGUGUCUCAUAGCGUCAGUCUUACACGGCAGCUCAUAUUCUUAACACGCCUACGCACCGCAGAAUCACGACAGUCUAUAUAAAUACUGUCAUCGUAGAUGUGUCUGACGGCGUAAGUCUUGCAUAGAAGACGGCACCAGCGGUAGCAGCGUUUAAAGCGACCUGUCAAUCUCGACUCGAGUCCCCACAGCAUCCAUGGACAGAUAGUAUUAUUAAUUCACAGCAGCUACUUGCUAUUAUUUUAAACCGCUUUACGGGAAGCGGCUCUUAGCUCGGCCUGACAUUUCUCUCCCCGCUGUUUGGUUCUCACGUCUGUGGUGGCGGAGGCGUGGGUGCCGGCCUCUGUGCACGGUGCAAGUUUUGGCUUUUCAAUCAGGAAGGGCAGCAGCUAUGCGUAAGUAGUAGCAGACUGCUCGUACGCGCGCACUGCACGCACAGACUGCAACGUGAGCGCAGCUGAGUCUGCAGCAGGUGCAUGCCUCUCACAAGUACGGGAGAUACGUUGAGAUAGGUGCUGUGGAUUAGGCGGGCAGGACAGGCAGGGUGAUAUCCAGACAGGCAGCCCUCCAGGCACGCCAAUAUCUGGACAGGAAGUCAGCCAGACAGAGAGAUAUCCAGACAGCCAGACAGGCACAUAUCGAGACAGCCUGCCUCUGAGCCGUCCAGGCAGACAGACAGCCCUCCGGGCAUACGGGGAACCAUCCAGACAUCUCUCACCCCACACCGCUCGGCGCAGCACGGACACGCGAGGCGGACGCGCAGACGACUGAGACGAUGCGCACUCUCGUAGAGACGGGCGGCGGUGCCGGGCGGCGCUUCGCGGCUCCACCCGUGGCCAAACUGGCGGCCGAGGGACUCGGCGGCUCCAGCGACGGGGCGCUGCUGCACCACCACCACCAGCAGCACCAGCAGCACCAGCAGCACCAGCUGGGCACGGGGGCUGCCGGGGCCAUGGGGGUGCCUGCGGCCAACUGCCAAGACGCGGCCGCCGCGGGGGCCGCCGGCUCCCUGCUGCACUCGAAGCGCGCGACGGCGGACGUGCUGGCUGACCACCCCGGGGAGCUGGUGCGCACAGACAGCCCCAACUUCCUGUGCUCCGUGCUGCCCUCACACUGGCGCUGCAAUAAAACUCUGCCCGUGGCGUUCAAGGUGGUGUCACUGGGCGGCGUCCCGGACGGAACAGUGGUCACGGUGCUUGCCGGCAACGAUGAGAACUGCGCGGCCGAGCUGCGCAACGCCACGGCCGUGAUGAAGCAGCAGGUGGCUCGCUUCAACGACCUGCGCUUCGUGGGCCGCAGUGGUAGAGGGAAAAGCUUCACGCUCACCAUCACGGUGUUCACCAGCCCGCCACAGGUGGCCACCUACCACCGUGCCAUCAAGGUGACGGUGGACGGACCUCGCGAGCCCCGAAGGCACAGGCAGCGCCUGGAGGACGCUGGCAAGGCGCUCUCCUUCUCCGAGAGGCUGAAUGGCCAGCCGUCCCCUCCGUGGUCGUUUGACCAGCCCUACGGGCCCUACCUCAGCCAGAUCGCGGCACCGGCGCUUCACACAAACGCGGGGCUCUCGCCGAGCCGCGCCGUGGGCAUCGCAGGUGGCUCGGAGCUGGGGCCCUUUGGCGACCCGCGCCAGUUCGCCAGCCUCUCCUACCUGCCGGACCCUAGCCGCAACACGGACCCACGCAUGCACUACUCGGGGCCGCUGUCCGUCUACUCGACCCAGCAGGUGGGGCCGGGCUCGCUGGGGCUGCCCGUGCCGGCGCGCUACGCCUACCUGCCACCGCCGUACCCGGCGCACACCCCUCCGCACAGCCACCAAAGCUCCCCCUUCACCGGCUCCUCUCCCUUCACCACCGCCGGAUCUUCACCCUUCAACGCCGGCUCCGCCCCAUUCACGUCGGGCUCCUCCCAUUUCUCCGCCGGCCCGGCCCCCUUUCAAACGAGCUCCGCCUCCUUCCAGCCGGGCCCCGCCCACUUCCAGGCUAGCACCGCACCAUUCCAGUCGAGCUCCGCCUCCUUCCAGUCGGGCUUCAACCAGCUGUACUACGGCCACUCGGGCGGCCCCACGUACUCGCUGUCCGUGAUGGCCGGCGACGAGCGCCAGUCCGCCGGCGGGCGGAUGGUCGCGAUGGGCGUGGGCAUGGGCGUGGGUGCCGGAGACUCGGUGCUGCUCACGCCGGGACUGUCGAGUCCCGACGGGGACACGGCCGACGGAGGCGACGGCAGCUCCAGCAGCUCGCCCAGCAACGCCAACAGCUUGGCGGACGCCGUGCCCUCGCGGCUGGAGCCCGAGUCCGUGUGGAGGCCAUAUUGAUUGGCGUCACGGGGCCCCCGCGGAGCGGAGAUGCGGGAGACUCGGGUUUGCCAGAGCAGGAGGCCCCCGACAGAGGACAGCCGGCGCUCACCACCAGCUGAUGGAGAAAACCAAACGUUUGCGCAGGGCUGGUUGCUUUGUCAACGUGGCAAAUCUAAUUCCGUUGUGGGGAAAGAAAAAAAACACACGCAGAACAAUGAAUCUUUCCCGAAGUUUUUAUUUUUACUGCACCACGCUACCAAUUACAGAUUUAACGAUGAUGCCACGAAGCAUUAUUACUCGGAUUGCUUGGCUUAAAAGGUGGAAAUGAGCAGGCCUCGGAGCUUCCAACGCAGUUACCGCAUUAGCGCUACGAACGCGUUUCCCGGUGUCACUGCAAUGCCGAUGCAGCUUCUCUGGAUGGGCGAGUGCAACUUGUAUGGUGAACAUCGUGGCGAGAAGAUUGAAGAUCUGAAAUGACAGCUGCAGGGAUAAGAAAACAAAUCUUUUCUGGACAAGAUGCUUUUAUUUUCUGUUGCUGCAAUUCUGAAGAUUUGUUUUUCACGAACCUGACUUGAGUUGCUUCACAGCGCAUACCAGUUGCCGACACUGCUUUCAUCUUCUGCUGCUGCUUCUUCUUGCGGAAGCUUUGCAGGUGUACGGGCAAUACGCUGCUGGAUGAGGGCUUCCCUACGCAUUAAUUUUGGCGAAUGCAGAAACGCCUAACAGGGACGGUCAAAGCGUUGAGAUCCGUGACCUCCUCACUCGUGACAAUGUGGCCCCCUAUUUUAAAUUUUUAGUUGCCCGUGGUUCAUCUGACUUGCAGCUGAUGGCAUGCAUUGACGCUGAGCCAUUAAUACUAUCGUCGUCAUUGUGAGGUGCUUUUAUGUGUGUGUUUUUAUUAAUUGAGUUUAGAAAGUUGCUUUUCAGUCACGUGAUGUAAAUACAGUGAAUACCUGCCGGGUAUCUUGUUAACGUCUUUUUUUUUUAAACAGAGUAAUAAUCUUUGUGUACAUGCAUACAUUAGUGUUACAUCGUUACUGUUAGUGGAUGUAAAUGGUUAAGACGUUGCAGCAAUUGUAAAUGGAUCCAUUAGAAAGCAAAAUAUAUUAUUAAAUAUAUCCCACUUGCAAUUGGUAUAGUAAAAGCUUAAUUGUUAUUGAAUGCAGAACCAUUAAUAUCCAUUGGGAGAGGGCACAAGUCAAACGGAAUGCAUUCAAUUGUGAGUUUCAUUGACGGGGCAAUGCAAUUAUUUAUCCCUAUUGUAAUCAGUUUUAAUUUGGUAUUGUCACGCAAGUAUUUUCGCUUCAACAUCUUCUCACCCAAGCCACACUUCCAUAUUAAAGCGCACUUGUUCGGGAAAACUAAAACGCGUCAAAUGAAGCAAAUCGGAGGCAAAACUUAACUCCAAAACUAUAUAAUUGGUAAAAAAAAACACAAAUCAGAAAAUUAUGAUCAUCCAAAGAUUGUUUUGGACAUCAUUUAUGUUUAGCCCUCUCGUGAAAAUUAGAUAGCUCCUGAAAAAUGCAUCGUUAAAAAAAAAACACCACAGCUUUGACUGGUUUCUUUGUAACUGAUUGUAUUACCCAUUGGAGUGCAGUCUGGCUGACCAAAUAAUGAAAUUAGAUUUAUUGGCAAAAAUACAUCAAUCUUAUAAUACAUCUUGAUAAAAUACCACGCAAUUCAUAGCCUUGUCUUUAAUCCCUGCUUAUAUCGAAAUGCAACCGCAUGUUUUAAAACGAGUCUCCGUCUCGCAAGUUUAGACAACGUAACCUGGAUUGUUUGUAGAUAUUAACUUUUUUUUACAUUUUAAAUUAAUUUUCUCACAAUUGAAAUAGAGUCAGUGAAAUGAUGGACCUGUUUUCUUUGUGGCCAUCUCAUUUAACAUUCUUGUGUAAACGUGUUUUCAAUGCCAGUUAAUAUGAUUUGUUUCCUGCAGUCUUCCGUGAGCGUUGUACAUUUUCUAGCUUCCACUUUCGAGGUAUAUACAUUGCUAAUGUUUUGAAAUUUUUAGUUUGUUGUGUGGUCACGUAAUAGGAUUACAGAAAAUGAAUGAAAAAAGUAAAAACAUACAGUUGAAAUUUUAGCAUUCAAAUAUCACUUCCUGUAAUAUUAACUGUACGUGCUUUUACAUGUAUUAACCGAUGAUUAAUAAUGAAAAGGUUUAUUUCGAAGCAAAAUAAAGAAAAAACGCAUUCUUGCUUUUGCACUAAGCCAUAUUUAUGUAAACGAUAUUAGAAUGGUCAAAAAAGUUUACUUUAUCAUUAAUGCCAUUAAUAUUAUUACGUGGCGUAUGGCCCCGUUUCAACGACCGAAAACGAUGAGUUCAAGUUUUAAAAAAUAAGUGCCUUUUGUUUGCAAAAAAGCCAUCUUUUUAAGGGGCCGUGUUCGCGAUGUCUCCGUGACUCCUAUCCAGUGGGCGGCCAUUUCACAGCGGCAUCCUCCCCGCCCGCCUCUCUCUUGCGUUGGCCAUGAACUCAGCGGAUUAAUAAUCGGGGUCAUCCAAAUUCCCUGCAAUUUCCACGUCAUUUAAUUGGGUUAACCGUUCUUACGUUUGCAGCGUGGAUUUUCCCGGCUGUUACAUCACGUUUAUUUUGAGUUGUUGUCGUUACCAUGUUCACAAUUUCCUUUUCGUACACCUGGUCUUAGAACAUUUUAAUUUCCAUGAUUAAAUAUUGUCUUUAGAGUGGCAUUUGUCACCAUUACGGUCAACCGUCGACUUAUAAAAUAAUACCCUGCGUUGUAAAAAAAAAUAAACUAGUUAAGACUGCUUCCUCUCUUAUUUCAUUUAAAGUAAUUACAGUUCACUGAGCGGGGCUGUGCCCGAGUUUUAACUCCGGCUGGUACAGUCAUUUAAUUGAUGAACUCACCCGCAAUUACCCCCAUGUGUGGAAUCACCUCGCACUACUCAUUCUGCCACAUAAUUCGAAAGUGAUUAUGGUGCAUAACAAGUCACAGCAUUGGCUCAGAUAGCCGCUCAUUUGUAGGGAAUAAUGGCGCUUAUUUUCGUCUCAUGUAGAGCCCGCUCGUUUUACUCAACGCCUGCUGUGAGUCACGUGUUGCUCCCUAUUAGCGAGAAGUCCAGCACCUGCGGCGUCUCAAGCCAACCACCACCGUUUUGUCAAUGACCACCGAGUGCUUUCUUUCAGCGAAGUAACCAUCGCGUAUAUUUAUAAAAAAAAACGUUUGGCCAGCGUGUGAGAGAAAGGCCAAGAGCCCUCCAGACGGGCUCCACAGAGCACAGAGGUCCCUUUCGUGGAGGUCCUGUGGCUAGAAUUGGCGUGAGCAAAGCAAUCGCAGGGGCUGCAGCUUUAACCUUUGAUAUUAUUAUUAUUAUUCACAAACUGGAAUGUGGAAACAUGUGCUUAAAAAGUCAGAUAUGAGUACCUUUUUUUUGGGUCACGUUAUUCCGAGGGUGGAAGCCACUUUUUUAUGAAAAUCAGCCAGGACGUGUUCUUCGUUUGUUUCACAAAGUGAGCGAUUCAAUUAUGCUUUUUGCAACAGCACCCUGGAAAUUUAAACACAGAAGUGUGCUUUAUAAUAAUAAAAAAUGUUUUACGUAAUUUUGCUGAGGGUGGUUUCCAAUUUUGGAAUUUAGGCUGUGGCACUCACCCAAUUGGUUUGCUCCUUGAAAUAAUACUAAUAAAGAUUAAUAGUGUGCAGCCCUUUGCCAAUCUACUGCUGGAUGAAGGCCUCCCUGAACCAUCGCCGUAUCUCACAAUCCUUUGACGUGACGAAGUAUAGAGGGUGCCUUGGUAAUGAACGAUCAACUUCAUGAGAACCGACUUGUUAUAAAGCAGGCCUCGAUUACGUUUGGUGGGGGGCUAGAGUUCUUUACAUUUUUGGGGGGCUCUGCAUUGUUUGGUCGGUUCCUACCCUUCACCCUUUUUCUACCAUCCAUGUCCAAUAUCAAAUGCACCAUCACUUUGGUUAUUGCAGUUCUAGUUUCACAAAUAUGAUUUGUGAGUUGUAAAGCUGAAUCAAAGUUAAAAUGAACAAAACUAAAAAAUUUGGCACGUGACUGAUAGUGAUACACGUAACUAUUAUUUGGCUUUAAUGACCAAAUUACCUGUAGGAUUUAGUGCUACAGUAUUGGUAUUCUACUAUUUCAAAGCUAAAUAUACAUACAGACUUAUUUUGUUGGCCUCUCAAUAUCCACAGCCCUGAACGGCAACCCCUACAGCCCCUGUAGGGGUUGCACUCUUAACCACUAGCGCAGCAAAGUUAAUUAAAACUAUAUACUGAAUAUAUAUUCCAUCAACAGCAGGUCAUGCAUUACAGUUUGUACAUCAACUGCAUUUGGAGUCGGUCGAUACCUGUAGCACAUAGAGACUUUGCUACUUGUUGACCCGCCCCUACUGGACGUCUGUGAAAAAGAGCUUCAUAGCUCAUCGGAUUCUUCCAGUCGAAAUGAAGAUUAUGAUUCUGACCAUGUUCCGUAGAAGCUUUUUUUUUAAAUGGUGCUGCAUUGUAUAACAAAAAGUGCUUGUCACAAAUGAACCACAAAACCUUGCUGGUCUCGUCAAGGACCAUGAACCAUCAUCACGCGAACUCCGCUCACCCUCGCAGCGGCUUUUGGUUAGCGACCGAACAAAGACGGUCACCUCCAUUGUGCGCUUUCACAUGUGCUUCUGCGGCCGUCUGGAACGCUCUUCCUUUCGAUAUUAGUUUGUGACUAGAGCUAUGCACUUUUAAAUAAUCUAAAUUGAAGACGUAUUCCUUUAGUGUUACGUUUGUUGUCCUUCUCCCGCACCUCCGAUUAGCACGGCUGGCUACAUACGGUGCGAAAGAAGUUCCACAUGCAUUCAUACAGAGCUCUCGCUAAACCGGUCAGAGCACAUCAUGCUGUAUUGAGUCUCCCAUUAUUAAAUAAAAAAACGGGGUACCCAUAAAAAAACAAAACUAUAUUUAAUUCAAGGGACAUGCAAAUUGGCAACAGUUCAUGUGACAGAGAUGCUUCUUUGGAUUCACGGACAUGUUUGUGUGGAACAUUUCAACGGCAGAACUUCAAACAGCUUCUGACGGGUAAACACGCCCUGAGGAUAACCCACAAAGGGAAGACAUUUUUACGAUAAACCCUUCUACGUAUAAAGAAGGGAAUUAUUAUUGUGCUUGCACCUGUUUAUAUUGCAGAGUUUAUUUUCUUAAGCAGGCCUGCAUGUGUCAUUGAAAUGUUUAUUUUUAUUUAGUCAAAUAAUGUUUGAUUUAAUUUCACGUUUUUUUUUUACAUUAAGUAGAACUAUGUUUUGAAUGACACUGCCACACCAUGAAGCCAGUAUGAAAUAUAUUGUUUUGGUUUUAAAGACAAUAUUACUUUGCAGAUGUAUAAUUUUGCUUUGCGACUACGGUUGCCACCUAUCCUGGAUCGUGAUCUCUUUGAGGGAUCUCUCCUGGGAAAAUCUCCAAAGUCUUGCCAGGAAAUUCAAGCUCCUGGUGUUUUGUCAAUUGUGUAAAGAUACACGGCUCAAGGCAGCGUAUGUUUUCAUGUAGUUCUCCCCUCUGCUGGCAUUGUGAGUAAUUAUUCUUUCCAUGAUAAGCCCCAAGGAUUCUUUAUACCUCAGAGGUGGCAACCCUUCUUGCAGCUAUGAAGCAGAGGUGAGGAAAUAAAUGAUUUAAGAAUGAGAGUAAGCACUGCUAUUAUUGAGAUGCAUUGGUCAGUCAUUAUUAUUUUUGUUUCAUUACUAAGAUGCAUUAUACCACAGGAAUAUACAAAUUUAAACAAGCUACUGUGGAAAUUGAUGUUUUAAAGUUUACAGAAUUUUCUUUUAAUAUGCCUUCGAUAUGUACUGUAUAUUUUUUUAAAUAUAUAAAAAUCACGUCUGUUGAUGGUUACCUUAUGUUGGUCUUAGUAAAGUUAGCUUUUUUUUCUUCUUUCACCUGGCAUUGUAUCUGUUUUUAUAUAUUUUUUAAACGUUGGCACUAACUUGUUCAUCCCAUGUGCUCUGUGUAUAUUUGUACUCAAGAUUUUACUUGCAAUGUCUUCGACAAAACUAUUUACGAACCGUUCUAACAAUGCGCCAUCAAUGUGAUCAAAUUGCAGUCGUACAUCGUCAGGGCCGUCCACGGGGGGUGGUGGGCCCCCUUAAAACUAAACCGAAAGAAUGACAUCUGACACCGUGACGUCGAAGCGCGUCCCCCCCCCAAAGUCCGGGGCCCGGGGCAGUCGCCCCAAUUUGCCGUACCCUCGGGAAGGCUCCGUACAUCGUCGUCAUCAUCGCGUCAUCGUCAUCAUCACCGCCAGCAGCCACGGUCAAUACAAUGGCGGAUUGAAGACCUUCCUAAGCCGUCUCUCGUGAUCCUUUCCCAAUUUGGUGACCACAGAUUUGGCGACAACAAAAUUGUGUUUGACGUCCGAUCGAAAAACAAACCGACAGGAAAUAAUGGAGGCUCACAAGUUGGGCUCAGGAUAAAUACGAGCAACAAACUAAUUUAGAACAAUGUAAGUUCAAAAUAUUGUUUCGCACCUGAAUCUAUCAUUGGUUUGCGAAUCGAUUUCCCCAACAUCCCCGCCCCCUAUCAACUUGGUUAAAGUUAGAUGACUUGAGAACUUGAGAUGAGACAUUGGUUGCAGAGUUGCCUUGGCCACGUGGGGAAUAAAAGUAUUCUGUUGUGGACUGGAGUGGGCCGAGCCAUCCCCAUUGUGUCUUUGUCUGACAAAUUCUGGAGACAUUUGGUAGGCAAAUUGGUUGACAAAGUCUCACGAAGCCCUCCGUUGCAAAACGUACUUGAAAUAAAAUAAUACAGCUUUCCCCCAAGCGUAACUCAAAAACAGCGGCUUUACAAUGAAUCAAACGAGCUGUCAAUAAAUGUAACGUUAUAAAUACGUAAAGUAGUUGAACGAGUUCAUAUCCACCUGGAAAUGUGAACGGCAGCUGCUCUUCCACCAUCAAAAGCAUAUGCCCCAUCCGUGAUACCUGUUGUGUGAGCAUAUACAGUGGCAAAGGCGCUUGGCAAAGAGUUUAUCCUAAAGAUAUGCGGUACACUGAUGGCUUCGCGCACAGCAUAAAAACAUCGCAUUGAAAAUACUCAUAAGUUACAACUUUGUAUAAAACCACUGCAGGAUUAAGGCCCUCAUCAUGCCGUCUUCAUCAUGGCAGCGUUGUUAGGCCAUACUUCGUGAAUAUCUUGAUGAGUAGUGAACAUUUUGGUUAUUCAACAGUUUGCAUAUGCAGGCGCAUUAACUCACAGAAGACCAUGAGACACGGAUCUCGAGCAUGACUCCCAAAGCCAGUUUCAUGCAAUGUGUUUUUGUUAUUACCCAUCUACCAAUGACAUUGUAUUUAAUGCUAACGUGCAAACAUAUAUACAGUAUAGUAUAAAUGGGAAGUUUUUCUUGUUUACCAGUGAGUGAUGUACAAAGGUAAGCUUUUGUGUACAUAUAAUGUUUUGUUAGCUCAGUAAAUGUGUAUAAUAGAACUCGGUGGUGUGUUCUUACGUGCGUACAUAACAAGAAUGGCUAAGAUUGAUGACUUCUGUACUCUCCAUGCUAAUAAAGCUCACUGCAUUAAAGCUC